AUGUUCCAGGGCCCCGAGGCUGACUCGGCCAAGCCCAGCUCCAGGGUGCUGAAGCCCCCGGGAGGAGGUUCUAGUAAUCUCUUUGGGAAUGUGGAAGAAGUUUCUUCUUCAAGCAGGCCCCACCGGAUGGCAUCCAGUAUCUUUGGAGCAUCAGAAGAACCUCAAAACAUUCCAAAAAGAACAAACCCUCCAGGGGGAAAAGAAAGUGGUAUUUUUGAGGAUUCUGGUUCUGCUCAGCCUCGUCCACGUAUGAAUCCACCUGGUGGGAAGACAAGUGAUAUCUUUGGGUCUCCUGUGUCUACCAGCGUUGUGCGAGCACACCCAAACAAGCCCAAGGAUCACAUUGUCUUGAAAGAAGAUGAAACGCCGAAGAAGCUAGAAGCUACAGAAAAUAUCAAACCACAGCUGCAAGACGGAGGCGAGAAGAAAGAUCUGGGCAAAGAGGAGCAGUGCAAGGAGCCAGAACCCAAGAUAGACAAUCAUGAGCCCCGCUUAGGACCAAGGCCACGCUCACACAACAAAGUUCUCAACCCGCCAGGGGGCAAGUCCAGUAUUGCCUUCUACUAGGGGCAUCUGUUCACUAAUGGAGUCCACAGAGAAA